AUAUCUAUAUACAUUUCAAAUAUUUAUAUUUGAAUGUGCAAAUAAAAAAUAACAUAAAACUGUUAUCUUUUAAAAAGUGUAGCUUUAUAGCAUUAAAAUACAAUUUCUAUUCAAAUUAAAUUUAAUAUACACACAAAAAUAAUAACAUAUUUAAGCUAGAAGUCAAAGAUCAUGUUAGAAUCGAAUUUAGAAAUCGAUUCUUUUAUUUUUAAUAAGGAUCUAAAAAAUUGUGUUUUUGGAGAUAGUGCAGAAAAUAAUGAAUCACCCGAUGAUUUAAUUUUCAAGGUCUUAACUGAUUGUAUUAAUAAACAAUCUGAGGUUGAACUCAAUGAUUGUAUUAAUGAAUUGACUGCUCAAGACGCAUUACAUGAUUAUUUCAAAAUGUUAGCAAUAGCUGAUUCAACAACUAUUCCAGAAUUAUAUAGUGAAAACAGUGUCUUAGGCAAAGAUGGUAGAAUAUCAUUAGCAUAUGAAAAUUUACAGAAUAUUCCACCAAAAAUUGCUGCAAAUUUCUCAAAUGAUACAAAAUUUUUAGAUUUGAGUUUUAAUAAAUUCAAGGAUCUCUCAUUUUUAUCAUAUUUCAAAGGAUUAAAUACAUUAAUAUUAGAUAAAAAUCCAGAACCCGACGAAACAACUUUGCCAUACUUACCUAAUUUGGAAAUCUUGUGGUUAAAUAAUUGUAAUAUUAUCAACGUACCAAAAUGGAUUUAUAGAAUUCAAUUACAAUGCCAAAAUAUUAAACAAUUAUCAUUAAUUGGAAAUCCUGGAGCAAGAACCUUACUAACUGGAGCUAAUGCUAUGGAAGAAUAUGAUUACAGAUUAUUCGUUACUGAAACCUUGAAAACACUUACCCAUCUUGAUGGGAUUCCUGUAAUUACAAUGAAUUCAACAUCGACAUAUCCAACAGUACCACAAAGUCAACAACGAACAGAAAUUAUUACAACUUCAUUAUUACAACAUCAAACAACAAUUCAAAUAACCAAAUCUAAUCAGUAUAACAAUAAUAAUACAUCAAUUUUUAAAAAUAAUACAAUGAAUUCUACUUUUGUGCCUCAUACACCAAAACUAUCAUCAUCAACUUCUGUUAAAAGCUUUUAUUUACAUAAUAGCCAACAACAAUAUCAUCAGCAUUACAAUCCACGUAAAAUGAUAAACUGGAGUCCAAAGGACAAUAAUAAAUCGAAUAAAAGAGACUUAAGUAAUAGUGGUCAAAAUAAAAGAAAAAAAAUUGUAGCAGAAAGUUUUAAAGAUCUGUUCCGUUUUAACUCGAAGCGUAGAAAUUCGUGUCAAAGUUCAACAACAAGUUAACAACGCAAAUAUAUAGAAUGUUUAAUUGAAAUUGCUUAAUCGAUUUUAGAAAACAUUUAAUCAAAUAAUUUUAUACUUUUACAAUGUUUCAAAUAUUUAAUUUUAAAUUUUAAGUUUUAUAAAAAUUUGUAAUUUUUAUUAUAUUUCAAUUUUUAAAGAUUUUUAAUGUUAAAAAUUUGAGAAAAUAUUUAGAAUAGAUUUCUAUUUUCAAUGUCAU